AUGGCGGAACUGGUUUCGGGAGAAUACCAUACGCUUAUCGGCCUUCCUCACUUCUUACGCGAAACAUACUGGUACGACCAAUCACGCCACAGCAUUGACCAUAGACCUCAAAGUGGCCAAAGUGUAAGCCAACAAAAAUCGGAAAUCAUCAUCAUCAACGACAGCAUGACAUCAGUGCUCAACACCGAUGCUUCACUGCCGUACAGCCAUGACUUAUUUGAAAGCCUUAUUGUAAAGAAAAGAAUGGUCGGACAGGCGCUGACUGAGGACUUCACCCCCGUCUUUGAACAGUGCAGGUGGAAGGUCAUCCGGACCGGGAGCUCGGUGGCGCUUGAGAGAACGCAGUCGGUCGUAAACCUCCGAGGCCGUAGGUGGUUCCACGUUCACCGUCCAGGGUUCUACUUCACCUGUGGGCUAUUGAUUAGCAAACACACUCCUAAGUUGUGCGAAUGGAUCCGUGGUCAUCGGUAUAAGCUGCUCAGUUUAGCGUCAGGCCUUAAAUCCACUACAUUUACCACGAGUCAUCGUAUUUUGGAGAUUAGAUGGAAGUCACUGAGUGAGUGUGCCCAAAAAGAUGCCCCCGACAUCAUCAUCGACAGCAUGACAUCAGUGUUCAACACCGAUGCUUCGCUGCGGUACAACCAUGAUUCGCUUGAGAGCCUUAUUGUUGAGAGAAGAAUGAAGGUGGACGGGGAAGGGACUUAG